CUUCAGGACCCUGGAGAGCUCAGAAUUCCAUGUCAGGGAAACUCAGCUGAGCAGGGGAACCUAGUAGGUGGGAGGUGAGAAGGAGAUGAGUGGGGGCAGAGGAGGAGUAAUUGAGUUGGAUGAUGAGUGUUGGAGAGAUGCUGGGAGAGCAGCUUGCACAACACUUGCUUCUUAUUCUGCUAUUGUAAGCUGACUCUCAGGCAGGACCAUGAGGACCUCAUACAGGGAGAAAGGAGAGCAAUCCGGGUACUUUACAGUUUAACGCUGAAACUCUCCAGCUCAGGACAGUGUCACCAUGGCCAUGGCAGGGGGCCGUAGAGGGCUGGUCGCCCCUCAGAAUACAUUUUUGGAGAACAUUGUGCGGAGAUCCAAUGUCUGGACAUUGUCUCAUAGACAGACAGAUACUAAUUUUGUUUUGGGUAAUGCCCAGAUAGUGGAUUGGCCCAUUGUCUACAGCAAUGAUGGAUUCUGCAAGCUCUCUGGAUAUCAUCGAGCAGAAGUUAUGCAAAAAAGCAGCACUUGCAGUUUUAUGUAUGGGGAGCUGACGGACAAAGAAACCAUCGAUAAAGUUCGACAGACAUUUGAGAACUACGAAAUGAAUUCCUUUGAGAUUUUAAUGUACAAGAAGAACAGGACGCCUGUAUGGUUUUUUGUAAAGAUUGCUCCCAUCCACAAUGAACAGGACAAAGUUGUGUUGUUUCUUUGCACUUUUAGUGAUAUCACAGCCUUUAAACAGCCCAUUGAGGACGAUUCAACAAAGGGCUGGGGGAAACUUGCACGCCUAACAAGAGCCCUUACAAGCAGCAGGGGAGUCCUGCAACAGCUUGCUCCCACCGUACACAAAGGAGAGAAUGUCCUUAAACACUCGCGGCUGGCUGAGGUGCUACAGCUCGGUUCCGAAAUUCUUCCGCAAUACAAGCAGGAGGCUCCCAAGACCCCACCACAUAUCAUUUUGCAUUAUUGUGUUUUUAAGACCACCUGGGAUUGGGUCAUAUUAAUUUUAACUUUCUACACUGCUAUUUUAGUUCCUUACAACGUCUCCUUCAAGACUAAGCAGAAUAAUAUUGCAUGGCUUGUCGUGGAUAGUAUUGUGGACGUUAUUUUUUUGGUAGACAUUGUCCUCAAUUUCCAUACAACAUUUGUUGGACCUGCGGGUGAGGUGAUAUCCGACCCAAAGUUAAUACGUAUGAACUAUUUGAAGACUUGGUUUGUGAUUGAUCUGCUGUCCUGUUUACCAUAUGAUGUCAUCAAUGCUUUUGAAAAUGUGGAUGAGGGCAUCAGCAGCCUGUUCAGCUCAUUAAAAGUAGUUCGACUUCUUCGGCUUGGACGUGUGGCUCGGAAGUUAGACCAUUACAUUGAGUAUGGAGCAGCGGUGUUGGUCCUAUUGGUGUGUGUGUUUGGGUUGGCGGCACAUUGGUUGGCCUGCAUCUGGUACAGUAUUGGAGCUUAUGAGGUCAUCAAUGAGGGCACUAUUAGAACUGAAAGCUGGCUCUUUCAGCUGGGAUCAUCUAUUGGAAGUCCUUAUCGGUUCAACUUAUCUGGUUCUGGAAAAUGGGAAGGUGGGCCAAGCAAGGAUACUGUUUACAUCUCAUCGUUGUAUUUCACCAUGACUAGCCUGACAAGUGUUGGAUUUGGAAAUAUUGCACCGACCACCGACGGUGAGAAGAUCUUUGCCGCUGCCAUGAUGAUGAUUGGAUCACUUCUAUAUGCAACUAUAUUUGGUAACGUCACAACUAUCUUCCAGCAAAUGUACGCCAACACAAACCGGUACCAUGAAAUGUUAAACAGCGUUCGGGAUUUCCUCAAACUCUACCAAGUACCCAAGGGACUGAGUGAGCGUGUGAUGGAUUAUAUUGUCUCCACAUGGUCCAUGUCUAGGGGUAUAGAUACUGAAAAGGUUUUGCAGAUCUGCCCUAAGGACAUGCGAGCAGACAUCUGUGUGCACCUGAACCGGAAAGUUUUCAAGGAGCACCCAGCCUUUCGACUGGCAAGUGAUGGCUGCCUACGAGCCUUGGCCAUGGAAUUUCAAACCGCACACUGUGCACCUGGGGAUUUAAUAUAUCAUGCAGGAGAAAGUAUCGAUACACUGUGCUUUGUGGUUUCUGGCUCUUUGGAAGUCAUCCAAGAUGAUGAAGUAGUUGCAAUUUUGGGUAAGGGUGAUGUGUUUGGAGACGUUUUCUGGAAAGAAACCACCCUCGCCCCAUCUUGUGCAAAUGUUAGAGCCCUGACAUACUGUGACCUUCAUGUAAUUAAAAGAGAUGCCUUACAGAAAGUUCUGGAUUUCUACACUGCCUUCUCCCACUCGUUUUCCAGAAAUUUAAUUCUUACUUACAACUUGCGGAAAAGGAUUGUCUUCAGGAAGAUCAGUGAUGUGAAACGAGAGGAAGAGGAAUGGAUGAAAAGUAAAAAUGAAGCACCACUUAUCCUCCCACCAGAUCAUCCUGUUCGCCGUCUUUUCCAGAGAUUUAGGCAGCAAAAAGAAGCUCGUCUGGCAGCUGAAAGGGGAAUAAGAGAUCCUAAUGACCAUGACAUCGAAAAAGGAAAUAUUUUGGUGGAACAUUCUGCUUAUAAUACAGUCAAAGCAAGCCUGGUCACGGUAACAGAAAGUCCAGCUACUCCUUUAUCAUCACAAUCCGCCUCAACCUCUGGAGUAUCUGAUCGUGCUAGGCUCCAUGCCCCAGUUUCAGAAAGCACUGGAGGUAAAGUAGGUGGGGAACCUUUAAAAAGGAGAGGGUGGGCCAAAUUUAGAGAUGCAUAUGGGAAGGGGGAGGAUUGGAACAAAGUAUCCAAAGCAGAGUCUAUGGAGAUAUUACCUGACAGAACUAAACCUUCAGGUGAGGCUACUUUAAAGAAGACAGAUUCAUGUGACAGUGGUAUCACCAAAAGUGAUUUGCGCUUAGACAAUGUUGGAGAGACCAGAAGCCCUCAGGAUCGAAGUCCCGUGCAAGCAGGAGUCAAACACACUUUUUAUCCGAUUCCAGAACAGACACUUCAUGCUACUGUGCUGGAGGUGAAGCACGAGUUAAAAGAAGAUAUCAAAGCCUUGAACUCAAAAAUGUCAAAUAUCGAAAACCAGCUUGCUGAGAUCCUGAGAAUAUUGGCUUCAAGGAGGUGCUCUCAGUACCCACAAGAAAUAUUUGAAAUUUCGAGACUGCAGUCUCCAGAAUCAGAAAGAGAUAUUUUUGGACCUGGCAGCUAAAAUAACUAGGGAACAAUUGAAAUAUAGCAUAACAUUGAAAAAGAGGACAGUUUAUUCACUCUUUUUUUAUCAGAGGUGCCUAGAAUAUAAGUUCCACUCUUCAAUGUGAUUCAGGACUUUAAAACAGUUAGGGAUAAGUGCUAUUCCUAUGAUAACAUAGGAAAGAUUUACAGCCGGACAUCUAACCAGCAUUUUCCUGACACUGAAAAAAUUCUAAAUUAGACAGAAAACAAAAAGGGUGGGGUACAAAAUUUUCAUUUCUAUGUAAUUUCAAUUUCUCAGCAAUUUACCAGGAAAUGUAAGAUGUUAUUCUAAAUAUAGUUUUUCUGGUCCUCGAUUGCAUAUAAAAUAAAUUUCAUCUCACAAUCAGAAUUGGAAGAAAAAGCAAGUAAUGGGACCUGAUUGUGUCAUCAUCUUUUAAGCAUUAGAAAGGAAAAUGAUCAAAAGAGAAAAUUAGAAGUAGGACAUUGCGGUUGUAGCUGAAAUUGAAUUUUGCGCAGUUCCCAAGAGUGGAUGCACCUUCUAAAGCUGAAGAUUGAAUAUACUUUUGGAUUCUUAUACUUUCCAGAAGCAUGCCUUAUGUAACUAUGUUUGAUGCUUGUCCUGCUUUAGGAAUGGACUGGGCCUGGGGCAGUAUCAAACGUCCUCUGCUGCUAUGGCUUUAACCAUCAGAUUGUAAAACAGAUGCUGAAUGUCACAAUAUAUAGAUUGCCCUAUGAGGAAUUUUGAAAUAAAUUUUUUGGAGCAGGGGGAAUAUAAAUUGAUAGGCAGUCAUAUCAGUCCCAGUAUUGCUAUACAUCCAAAUCUAUGCAACACACAGGGGGCUAUUUAUUAAAGCCCGAAUUCCAAAAAUGCGAAGACUUUGAGGUUUUUUUUUACUAUAAAAUCCAGAU